AUGCUCCGCCAGCGACAACCCGCCACUGCAUCCGCCCCCGACCGUCCUCAAAAGGAACAGAUACCCACCAUGGCCGCCGCGAAGACGACAACCCUGGACAAUGAGCGCCGACCGCUGCUUCCACGGCACGAGGACGACGAGCACAGUCAACCACUAACUGACGACGAAGACAGCGAAGGCAACGAUAAGAUCAAAAUGGCAUGGGCACGUCGUAACCAAUGGAUUGUCCUUGCUAUCGCCAGCGGCGCCUGCGCUGCCUUUAAUGGCGUCUUUGCAAAGCUGACCACAACUGAGCUCACAACCACCAUAUCUCAAGCGAUCUCCAACUUUCUUCAUCUUUCCCAUAUUGAAGGCGCCUUUGAAGUCGUCUUGCGAGCCGUGAGCCCUCUACAAUAG